AUUACUGCAUGAACCCCCAGACAGUCCUGCUGCUCCGGGUCAUCGCCGCUUUCUGCUUCCUGGGAAUCAUCUGCAGCCUCUCAGCUUUUCUCCUGGACGUUUUCGGCCCCAAACACCCGGCGUUAAAAAUCACCCGGCGUUACGCUUUCGCUCACAUCCUCACAGUGCUGCAGUGUGCCACUGUCAUCGGAUUCUGUUACUGGGCCUCGGAGCUGAUCCUCGCCCAACAACAACAGCAUAAGAAAUACCACGGCUCCCAAGUCUACGUCACCUUCGCCGUCAGCUUCUACUUGGUGGCGGGUGCUGGUGGAGCUUCCAUCCUGGCCACCGCCGCCAACCUGCUGCGUCAUUACCCCACCGAGGAGGAGGAACAAGCCCUGGAGCUUCUCUCUGAGAUGGAGGAGAACGAACCUUACCCAGCUGAGUACGAAGUGAUCAACCAAUUCCAGCCGCCGCCGGCGUACACCCCGUGA